AUGUUAAAGUCCAUUUUAUUGGAGCUAUUCUCACCUUUGCUGUCGGCACUAGCAUUAUGUCUUCUCUCUAAUUAUGGGUGGAUAUCAGAAUCAAAUGCUUUUGCUUAUUUUCUAGGUGAUUCACUAGUCACCCACGUCUUGGAUAAUCUUUUCAUAACGCUAAUCAAGGCAUAUCUAUCGCUAUCCAUCUUAUACUCCUUGUUUUUUCAUGGAUUUUGCUUCUAUUCUGUGUUUGAGAACAAAUGGUUCAAUCUUGCCAAGUUUUUACUCCAUGUCAUAUUUGGCAGGGCUAAUGCAAAUGGCUUCCAUAUCAACCACGAUGAAUGA